GAUGAGAAGCCAGGCGGCGGCCACCAGCCAACACCAGCAAGCUUGGAUGAUAGGUCCGCAGGAGCGAGAACGGAGGCUGCCUGGCAUUCCAGGAACAGGAAGCAGCGGUCGAGAUCGAGGGUGGCUGUGCUUCGGGCGACAGCGGAGACGAGGCCCCGGCAUGAUGGGUCCCAGGGACAACAGCCAGGCAGCCCGGACGGGCGACCGUGCACGCGUCAUCCUCGCAACCCUCAUCGCCGCCAUUGCCACCUCACGCACUCGCUCGUGUCCACUGGCCAGCACCAGCCACGCCACAUCUUCCUGGUCGAGGCCACGCCAGCUGAAGGGCACGCGUUUACAUUGACGAGGCGGUGCAACGGCCGGUCUUGCCCUGAAGAAGCGCGGCGUGGUAGACUUGGGGAAGAUGAGGAGCUCGACGCCGCCAACCACACCGCGGACACGACGGCGAGCCCGAAGCUGAAGCUGCCACAGACAGCGUUUUGCGGGCCGCUCGCAGUGGUCACAAGUGGGUGCCUGCACCCAGUGACCGCUGCUCGAGACUGCGCGAAGAAUUCCGUCCGACCGGUUGCUGCUAGAGACGGACGCGCCUUCGACAUCGAAUAAAAAAGAAUCCAUCUAGAGGAUCACCUCCUGGCAUCGGAGCAAAGUUUUCUUCGACCUGUCCCGGCUACCAACGUGAUUGGCGGUGUUGACAACAGGCGGCGCAUCUACGGCCAGGCCGUAUAUUGUAUACUGCGAAUUUGUUAUAUAUUGAUUAUUAAUUUGUAUUGAUUCGUUAUUUAAACGUUACGUAUUAAUUCGUAUCCACUCUUAGUAAUUCGUAGUAAUUCGUUAUUUAGCGUUACGUUUUACUUGUACAACUCAUACAUUCGAGUUGUCAAAGAGCCUUAGAAUUGUGGAAUUUUUGCGUAUCAUAAUUCGUGUCAAUUUUUGAGUAUCACUGAUGCAUUCUGGUUGUCAAAGUGCUCCCGAAUCAAGGCAUUAUGUGUAUGACGACAGA